GGCCGGGCCUCAGCCUCGCCAGCCCCGGCCCGGCCCCUCUGCGCUGCCCGGGCCGCCUGAGCACUGGGGGGCGGCACCCCGAGUUCCUGCGGCCCCGCAAAGGCUGGAGAAGCGUUCGGUUUCCGGUCUCCAGGGCUGGGGCCGCGAGGGCGAAGCUUCCAGACGGACGUGCUCCCCCUUCCGUCUUCAGUGCCGUCGGGCAGGCUGUCAGGUUGAGUCCAGGCCCCGGGCAUUGCGUGGGAGCCGUUUUUCCUGGAGCGGAAUCUCCCUUAAUCAGACCCAUUUUGCCCGGGUGCGGAUUCUUGUCACCCUCUUUGAUCACCUCCUGUUUCUUCACAGCAAGGAAUUCCAGACUGAUUUACAGUGUUUCUUGUCUUGUAUUAGUGAAAGGGACGCGAUAAGCUUGAUUCUUUUCCAAGAGAUUGGAAGUAGGUAAGAAUAAAAACCUGGCUUAGAGCAAUCUUUAGGGUGCUUUCUAUCCCUCACUACCUUUCCCCCUCU